AUUCUUUCGAUGAUUUUAUUUUUCGAGUUUUCAACUCGUGUCCAUAUAUUGGAAUUUUGAGGCCAUUUAAAUGACUUUGUCCUGUGAAUUUUUUUCACGCGAAACUGGUGUGCGUGAAAUUUAUACAAAAUGAAAUUUAUACAUUUAAUCCCAAUUUCAUCCGUAUUUUGUGUUAUGGGAAUUAUGCACAUAUAUUCAUUGCAGUUGUUGAAGAUCUUUUUAUCAUUAAUGUGAAUAAAAAAAUACAUGUUUUUUAUAAGAUCACAAAAGUUUGUCUGAGCCUCGAUUUAAAGCUGCUUAUAAAAUGUUUGUAUAAAAAAACAAUUCAAAAAUGUAUUCAAUUUAAGGGAUGGAAAUAAAACUUCUGUGUAUCAGAAAUCUUGAAUUUCUAUUUUUUUAUAACUUGCCUAAAUUAUAUUUUUUUCAGUAUUCAAUCAUGGAGGUAAAAAUAAUUUAUAUUUCUACCUCCAUGAUUCAAUUAAAGAAAAUUUAGCCCAAGUCACAUUUACAAUUAGUUAAAUUGAGGACCAGUAAAAUUCUGCGUAGUGUUUAAUUCAGUGUGACUUCGGUGGCUAAUUUAUUCUUUGGCUUUAAAAUGUGAAUUGAAAAAAAAAUUGUUUUAACAGCACACAUACGAAGAAACUACCAUACAAUACACUUUGUUUCUUUAAAUACGUGUGCAGUCUUGUUGGUCUUGUAAACUAAAGGAAUUAGUAAAACUCUUAUUGUGCUGUAGUAUUCUGUAGUAAAAUGACAAAAAUAUAACGACGAGUAUGACGGACGAUGAUGUUGAUUGCAGGGAACUUGCGGAAGAAACUUUUGAUGUCAUUAAAAGCAUUCAGGAUCCUGAAAAAUCUCAAACCCUCGAAGAAUUACUAGUGGUGAAAGAAGAACUAGUGAAAGUUCGAAAACUACGAGAAGAUGAAUACGAAAUCAUAGUGGAGGUUGUUCCCACUGUUCCUCACUGUUCACUAGCAACUCUUAUUGGUUUGUGUAUUCGUGUAAAGUUACAUGAAUACUUACUGUGCAACUAUAAGCUUGAUGUGUUUAUCAGGGAGGAAAAACAUCUAAAUGCUGGAGAAAUCACAAAACAAAUUAAUGACAAAGAGAGAACAUCGGCUGCGAUAGAGAACCCCGAGUUGAUGAAGAUAGUGCAACAAUGUAUCAAGGAACGAGAUUAACUGACACUCUUCACCGUUGUUGCAUUGGAAAAGGUUUGCGUAUAUGCGUUGGUUUGUUGUUACCAUGGGAGAUGUCUAUAUGAAAGUGACAUGUUAUAAAUUCGCGUUUUUUUAAUGCGAUUAAAGUAGAAGUUGAUUUCAAAACUUUUAAAUACAUGUUAUUUUGAAGGAAUCCACUUUUUGGCGAAGAGUAAACUGUAUUAUAAUAUUCCAAUACGUCUGUCUGUGAGACCCUUCGAAGGCCGGAGGUUUUAUAAUCAAAAACCACGAAUUAUUACAGUAAUCACCUCCGUCCAGCUUUUUGAAAAUUCUAGGGACGUAAGACUAUAUCCAAUAUGCGGUUUCGUGUUUUGCUAUUUAGGAGCAUACCAAGAAUUUAUUAAACCUGGUUCACACUUAUGGUGUUCAUGCAGGCGCUGUUUUAGCGUUAACAGUGUUAACACCGUGAACUCGUUUAGUCCCCAAUAACGCUCCUUUUAGCGCCAGUGUUAAGUUGUUAAAACUUUUUGAUAUUUACCACUAAUGCAGUGAUAAGAAGUUUUCAAACGAAUAAAAGCACGGAAUCGUUUUUUCAAUUCGUCUUUUCUAUCUGGAAAGUCUGUGUAGCGGUAGCCAUUUUGAACAUCCCUUGUUGAUUGUUGCUUUUCUAAAUACUUUAUUUACGAAAUAUUUGUUUUUUAUGCAUUUUCACACUUUUAGGGGAUGUUACAUAACAUUUUUAGUAUAAAUAUUAAACAAAUAUUAAGCUAUUGGCUACCAACAUAUUUUGUAUCAGCUUCGGCAAGGGUAGCUGCAACCUUUUAUGUUACUUCACUUUUUUGGCUGCUUACAGAUCUCAAAUAUAUUUAUUUUGCCAACAA